UGCUGCUGCUUUGCUAGCUUAAGCUCCGUCAGAGCGUGGAACACGUAUCUUACGGGCUCGCUGCUGUUAGAGGCAUUUAUCACAGAGUGGCAUAGCGAGCAGAGGAUGAGCUUCACACGGCGGAUCUUGAAUGCCGUCAGGUUCACAUGUCAUUCGUCUCCCACAAACUGCCGGAGGUUUUGUACUUCACAGUGUGUAAUGGCGUCAAGGCACACUCCUGCUAAGAGAAUUGAAGGACUGGAUAAAAAUGUUUGGGUGGCGUUCACGUCAUUAGCAGCCGACCCAUCCGUCGUCAACCUCGGCCAGGGCUUUCCAGACAUCCCCCCGCCUUCUUACGUCAAGGAGGCUUUGGCGAAGGCCGCGUCAGUGGACCGCAUGAACCAGUACACCAGAGGCUUUGGUCACCCAUCCUUAGUGAAGGCCCUUUCUCAGGUGUAUGGGAAGGUUUAUGGUCGCCAGGUUGACCCUCUUAAAGAAAUCCUGGUCACAGUCGGAGGUUAUGGUUCCUUAUUUAGCACCAUGCAGGGCCUGGUGGAUGAAGGAGAUGAGGUGAUAAUAGUGGAACCUUUCUUUGAUUGCUACGUUCCAAUGGUCAGAAUGGCCGGUGCCAAGCCUGUGUUGAUCCCAUUGCGGCCUAAAUCUGGAAGGAAGUCGGUCUCAAGUGGCGACUGGUAUCUCGACCCAGAUGAGCUCUCUGCCAAGUUCAACUCCAAGACAAAAGCAAUCAUCAUCAAUACGCCCAACAAUCCUAUAGGGAAGGUUUUUACCAGAGGCGAGCUGCAGGUGAUCGCAGACCUCUGCAUUAAACACGACGCGCUGUGCUUCAGCGACGAGGUUUACGAGUGGCUCGUCUAUAAGGGACACCAGCACGUCAAGAUUGCCACUCUGCCUGGAAUGUGGGACAGAACGAUAACCAUCGGCAGUGCAGGGAAGACCUUUAGUGUUACUGGCUGGAAGCUGGGUUGGUCUGUAGGACCUGAGCACUUGAUAAAACACCUGCAGACCGUCAUGCAGAACACUCUGUACACCUGCCCUACACCUCUACAGGAGGCAGUGGCUCAGGGUUUGCUGCUGAACUACAAGCUGAUGGGUCAGCCCGACUGUUACUUCUCCUCACUGGCUGAGGAACUGGAGGGGAAGAGGGACCGCCUGGCCGCCAUCCUGCAGGAGGCCGGGAUGACUCCUGUCAUCCCAGAGGGAGGCUACUUCAUGCUGGUAGACGUCACGCCUCUCAAUCAGGACCUGUCCCACAUGGCUGACGAUGAAGCCUAUGACUACAAGUUUGUUAAGUGGAUGAUUAAAGAAAAGAAAUUGGCUGCUAUUCCUGUCACAGCGUUUGUCGGAGAGGAGUCCAAGGAGCAGUUUGAGAAAUAUAUUCGCCUGUGCUUCAUAAAGGAAGACAGCACUCUGGAAGCAGCAGGCGCCAUCUUAAAAAACUGGAGGAAAGUUUAGCAGGAUGUUGAGUUUGAACAAAUGGAAAUUAAUCAAAAAUAAGAAGAUUUUUAUAGAGACAGCAUAAUGUGUUAUGUUUUUUUCCCUCACCUGCUUUUACCAAGAAGCUCCUCCUCAGAGCUGAACUUCUGCCUCACAAAGCAGAAUUUACUUGGGAAAUUGCUUAUUUUUUGUUUUGAGUGCCUAGAAAGAGCAGGAGCUUCUUAAAGAGACAGAGCCCCAAAUUCAAGGUGACAAAUUGCAAAGUAAAUUUUUUUAAGGUACAUUUUACACACACACAUUCAUAUGUAUAUGUAUGUAUGCAUUUUUCUAACAACUGAAGGUAACAUAGUUUCUUAAUUCUGCUGUAAAGUGACACUACAUGUCUGGAAAAUGCAUAAUACUGACACUUAAAUGCCCUGGAAUGCAAAUACAAAUGUAGUAAAAAUCUCCUGUUUUGAAAUGUUGCAUGUCAUUUAUUUACCAAAAAUGUAAAGAAAAAGAAUUGUAUUAAAGAACCACAAGUAAUUCUGAAGAAGCAUCCAGAACCCUGUUACCAUUUUAGCAUUUUUGUCACCUUCAUGUUGCUUCAACCGAAUUGCUAUAUUAUGAAAAAAUACUUUAACUUACUACAAUGAUGUUAUAAUACUGUCUGUUUUUAUUUUUAAUUCAUUUUAGUUUCACUGUGAUUACUGUCAGACCUGUUGGGUUAUACAUAUGUAUAUGUUUAUAUACUAUGGGACAAGCCAACAGUUUUGAACAUCUCUUGGCUUUUCGUUGAAAAAUCAUUGUCCUGAGAGACAUCUUUGUCCGAGUCCUUCCCAUGCUGCAAGUUGGAUUCUUAAAUAUCUUUCUCUGAGCAGUUUUACUGCAAGCUACAGAGCUUGUUUUCCACUGACAUUUGACUUGAAGGUAUGAAAAUUGCUCAUUUUAGAGGCACAGUAAACCUUCAACAUGAACCAGUAGGAAGCUCUGCUUUACAAGGCAUGUGGCCAUUUAAAAGUUGGCUGCUAAAAAGAAAAAUGUACAUUAUCCCAAAGGGUUAAAAAUAGUUUAAGGAUUGGUGUGGAAAACGGCAACAAGAUUUUAAAAGAUAGUGGUGCAUAAAAUGUUGAAAGGGCUUAAGGUGAAGAUAAAAUUAGAAUUCUAAAUAUCCUAACCAAAAGCUAGAAGUGGAGGCAUAAUUAUUUAAAACAUUCGUAAGGGCUUCAAAACCCGGUUGGUGGGAAGAUAACUGAAAGAAAGUUGAAAUAAAAACCACUGGUUUAGUUAAACAGGAGAAGUAGCCAAUAAAAAAGCUAAUUAUGCAAAUAACUAUAUAAAUAAACCAAACUGGGAAAUGUAUUGUAAAGCAAAAUCCUGUUUUCAUAAAAUUAAGUCGAAACAUGUCUGAAGUUGGAGUUGGUGCAAAGUCAACUGCUGUGUUUAACCACUAGAGGGAGACAAAGUACACAGGACUGACGCACAGUCCUGUGUACUUUGUACGAGGGUUUGUUUUGAUGAAAUUCUGCUGCAAUAAUAGUUUGAAAACAACAGAACAAAACCCAUUUAGUGACUUAAAAACAAACUGCAAAAUCUACUUUUGCAUUUAUUUUCCUGUUUGCUGCUGUUGGAUGGAAAAACGGGACAGAAGCAUCAGGGAGACUCUUAAUAACAAACACAAACUCAUUGAUUACAGCAGAAGAUGCUCCAAAUUUACACUAGAACUAAGAUGAUGUAGAUUUAACAAAUUAUAUGUCGUUUAAAAUUACAUUGCCAAAAGAAUGUAUCCCUCAACUUGUCAUGUUACGGUCAAAAAUGAUUUGACUACAACUUUAUGUAUCAGUGAAACCAAAGUAGUGCAUAAUAGUGAAGAGAAAGAAAAUAAAGAUUUUACAAAUACA